GGGUACUCUGGAUAGGGGGUUGGGUUGUAGGAGAGGGCUUUGGUAUAGAGAGAGAAAUUUGAAGUCGGGGAUCUGGGUAUCAUGGGGAGUGGUGAAGGGGGAAAAAGUGUAAAAUGUGAUGGGUUAGGCCAACAUGAGACAAGUUGAUUGAGGGAAGGGAGAGUUUGAGGAGUCUGGGCACCAGAGGGAGAGACUGUGUAUACUAGAUGUUGGGGGUAAAGGAGAGGGACUGUACCCUGUGAAGGCCCUGAAAGUGGCGGGCCCCUGUGGCAGUCCUCUGGGUGUAAAUAGAAGUCCGGAACCUGGGGGAGGGAACAAAGGGGGAGUGAGGCUGGGAGAAGUGGCAGCGGUCAGGGCCUGUGAGGACGCUCCCGGGCACCUGGGAGCGGGAAUGGGGUAGCGAGUUGGUAAGAAGAGGAAGUCAGUGGAAGGAGGUUUGAGUGGAGAAGACACAGGCUCCUGUGUGAUGGGCGUGGCUGUGGGCCAGCUGUGAGGCACGGGAGCCCAAGGCCUCACUGCCACCAUGACUGAGGAGUCGGAGGAGACGGUUCUGUACAUUGAGCACCGCUAUGUCUGCUCUGAGUGCAACCAGCUGUAUGGAUCCCUGGAGGAGGUGCUCAUGCACCAGAACUCCCAUGUGCCUCAGCAGCACUUUGAGCUGGUGGGCGUGGCUGACCCUGGAGUCACUGUAGCCGCAGAGGCAGCUUCCGGCACGGGCCUCUAUCAGACCCUGGUGCAGGAGAGCCAGUACCAGUGCCUAGAGUGCGGGCAGCUGCUGAUGUCGCCCAGCCAGCUCCUGGAGCACCAGGAGCUGCACCUGAAGAUGAUGGCUCCCCAGGAGGCAGUGCCAGCCGAGCCACCACCCAAGGCACCUGCCCUGAGCUCUAGUACCAUCCACUACGAGUGUGUGGAUUGCAAGGCUCUCUUCGCCAGCCAGGAGCUCUGGCUGAACCACCGGCAGACGCACCUCCGGGGCACUCCCACCAAGCCUCCGGCCCCGGUUGUCCUGGGGUCCCCGGUUGUCCUGGGGCCCCCUGUGGGCCAGGCCCGCGUGGCUGUGGAGCACUCAUACCGCAAGGCAGAAGAGGGUGGGGAGGGGGCCGCCGUCCCUUCUGCUGCUGCCACCACCGCUGAGGUGGUGACUGAGGUGGAGCUGCUCCUCUACAAAUGCUCCGAGUGCUCCCAGCUCUUCCAGCUUCCGGCCGACUUCCUGGAACACCAGGCCACCCACUUCCCUGCUCCUGCCCCGGAGGCCGAGGAGCCUGCCUUGCAGCAGGACACCCUGACUCCGUCCCCUGCAGAGGUGCCCGCGUCUCAGCCUGAUCCCCUGCCGUCCUCUGACCACAGUUACGAGCUGCGCAACGGUGAAGCCGUUGGGCGCGAUCGCCGGGGGCGCAAGGCCCGCAGGAACAACAGCGGAGAGCCGGGCGGGACGGCCGCCCAGGAGCUCUUUUGCUCCGCCUGUGACCAGCUCUUUCUCUCCCCUCACCAGCUACAGCAGCACCUGCGGAGCCACCGGGAGGGCGUCUUUAAGUGCCCUCUGUGCAGUCGUGUGUUCCCCAGCCCUUCCAGUCUGGACCAGCACCUUGGAGACCACAGCAGCGAGUCUCACUUCCUGUGCGUGGACUGCGGCCUGGCCUUUGGCACCGAGGCCCUCCUCCUGGCCCACCGGCGAGCCCACACCCCGAAUCCUCUGCAUUCGUGUCCGUGUGGAAAGACGUUUGUCAACCUCACCAAGUUCCUGUAUCAUCGGCGUACGCACGGGGCGGGGGGUGUCCCUCUGCCCACAACACCGGUCCCGCCAGAGGAGCCUGUCAUUGGUUUCCCUGAGCCAGCCGCAGCAGAGACUGGAGACGCAGACGCCCCGGAGCCCCCUGUGACCGAAGAGAGCCCAGGAGGGCCCGCCGCCCCAGGCACCUACCGCUGCCUCCUGUGCAGCCGCGAAUUUGGCAAGGCGUUGCAGCUGACCCGGCACCAGCGUUUCGUGCACCGGCUGGAGCGGCGACACAAGUGUGGCAUCUGCGGCAAGAUGUUCAAGAAGAAGUCUCACGUGCGUAACCACCUGCGCACGCACACGGGCGAGCGGCCCUUCCCCUGCCCGGACUGCUCCAAGCCCUUCAACUCGCCUGCCAACCUGGCACGCCACCGGCUCACGCACACGGGGGAGCGGCCCUACCGGUGCGGGGACUGUGGCAAGGCUUUCACGCAGAGCUCCACCCUGAGGCAGCAUCGCCUGGUGCACGCCCAGCACUUCCCCUACCGCUGCCAGGAGUGCGGGGUGCGUUUCCACCGCCCCUACCGCCUGCUCAUGCACCGCUACCACCACACGGGCGAGUACCCCUACAAGUGUUGCGAGUGCCCCCGCUCCUUCUUGCUGCGCCGGCUGCUGGAGGUGCACCAGCUCGUGGCCCACGCUGGGCGCCAGCCCCACCGCUGCCCAUCCUGCGGGGCCGCCUUCCCUUCCUCGCUGCGGCUCCGCGAGCACCGCUGCGCGGCUGCUGCCGCACAGGCCCCGCGGCGCUUCGAGUGCGGCACCUGCGGCAAGAAAGUGGGCUCGGCUGCCCGGUUGCAGGCGCACGAGGCGGCGCACGCGGCUGCCGGGCCCGGAGAGGUCCUGGCUAAGGAGCCCCCUGCCCCUCGGGCCCCUCGGGCCGCUCGCACGCCUGUGGCCGCCCCGACCGCCUUGGGGAGUGUGGCCCCCGCGGCCCCCGCGGCCCCGGCCCGACGCCGGGGCCUGGAGUGCAGCGAGUGUAAGAAGCUGUUCAGUACAGAGACGUCGUUGCAGGUACACCGGCGCAUCCACACGGGCGAGCGGCCGUACCCGUGUCCGGACUGCGGCAAGGCCUUCCGCCAGAGCACCCACCUGAAGGACCACCGGCGCCUGCACACAGGCGAGCGGCCCUUUGCCUGCGAGGUGUGUGGCAAGGCCUUCGCCAUCUCCAUGCGCUUGGCAGAGCAUCGCCGCAUUCACACGGGUGAGCGGCCCUACUCGUGCCCAGACUGUGGCAAGAGCUACCGCUCCUUCUCCAACCUGUGGAAACACCGCAAGACCCACCAGCAGCAGCAUCAGGCCGCCGUGCGCCAGCAGCUGGCAGAGGCGGAGGCUGCCGUGGGGCUGGCCGUCAUGGAGACUGCGGCAGAGGCACUGCCCCUGGUGGAGGCCAUCGAGAUCUACCCUCUGGCUGAGGCCGAGGGGGUCCAGAUCAGCGGCUGACCCCGUCCCUUCUCCCCCUUCAGCACCGCCAUGUCCCGUUGCUGAAGAACCUCCUCCAGCAUCCCCUCAAAUCUGUAGAUACCGUGCCCCUCUCUCCAUCUCUCCCAACAGCCGUGUAAGUUCUGUAACUGGAUUUAUUCUCUCUUGUGAGGGGUUGCUCUGGGGUCCUUGAUGUGCGUAAAGGUGCCCCCCCCCCCCACCUUCCACCUUUUAGCACUGGUGGUCCCAAGAUGGAACAGUCAAUAAAGACUGAGUUGGACGUUUA